AUGUCUACCAAUAUUUCCUGCAACCUACCUCUCUUCUUCUUAGUCAUACUUCUUCUAAUUCCUUGUUCCAAUACAAUUCAAUUCCAAAUAUCUCGUUUCAAUCCGGACCAAACCGACAUAUUAUACCAAGGAGAUGCAGUUCCUUCUGUUGGAGCCAUCGAGUUGAUUAACAAAGUGAAUUAUCUAUGCCGAGUUGGUUGGGAAACCUACGUUGAGAGUGUACCUCUAUGGGACUCACAAACAGGGAACCUUGCCGACUUCACCACCCAUUUCUCCUUCAAUAUUUACACGCAAGGCGCAGCUCGUUACGGCCAUGGCAUCGCCUUCUUCCUUGCCCCUGUGGGAUUUCAAAUCCCACCGAAUUCAGCCGGUGGCUUUCUCGGCCUAUUCAAUACCACAACCAGCGACUCAUCUCGAAACCAGAUUGUCCUUGUUGAGUUCGACACGUUUUCGAACCCUGAAUGGGAUCCUUCAUUUGAGCAUGUUGGGAUCAACAACAAUUCUAUUGCUUCUGCAGUUUAUACUCCUUGGAAUGUAAGCUUGCAUGGCGGAGAUACCGUUGAUGUGUGGAUUGCCUACAACUCUACUACAAAGAAUUUGAGCGUCAAUUGGAAGUACCAAACCACCUCUGAUUCGAAAGAGAAUACUAGUCUGUCUUAUCAAAUAGAUUUGAAGCAGAUUCUUCCCCAGUGGGUCACAAUUGGAUUUUCAGCUGCUACCGGUCAGUAUGUAGAGAGAAAUAGCCUCAAUUCAUGGGAAUUCAAUUCGACUUUGGAUAUAAAAUUAGAACAAGGUGAUGAUGGGACAAAGGCAAGAAGAAGGAGACUAAUAUUGGGUUUCACAAUUUCGGGUGGUGUUCUUUUCAUAGUAGGGAUGAUCAUAGCAUUUUCAAUUUUUUUGUUUAGAAAGAAGAAAAAGAAGAAGAAAUUUGAGACGACUGAGACAUUAAUCAGUGAUGAUCUAGAAAGAGGAGCAGGACCAAAAAGGUUUUCUUACGGAGAGCUUGCUUCAGCAACAAGCAACUUCUCGAACGCAAGGAAGCUCGGUGAAGGAGGCUUUGGUGCUGUCUACAGGGGCUAUCUGAUUGAUUUAGACAUCACAGUAGCCGUGAAGAAAAUCUCAAGAGGGUCUAGACAAGGUAAGAAAGAGUACAUAACGGAAGUGAAGGUGAUUAGCAGCUUGAGACAUCGGAAUUUGGUGCAACUUAUAGGAUGGUGUCACGAAAGAGGUGAGUUUCUCCUGGCGUACGAGUUCAUGCCAAACGGAAGCCUUGACACCCACCUAUUCCGAAAGAGGAAUUCUCUCAAUUGGAGUGUGAGAUACAAGAUAUCUAUCGGAUUAGCCUCGGCGUUGCUCUAUCUUCAUGAGGAAUGGGAGCAAUGUGUAGUGCACCGAGAUAUCAAAUCUAGCAACGUGAUGCUAGAUUCCAACUUGAAUGUGAAGCUUGGAGACUUUGGAUUGGCUCGAUUAAUGGACCAUGAGCUCGGUCCCCAAACAACUGGGUUGGUUGGAACAUUAGGCUACUUGGCUCCAGAAUAUAUAAGCACAGGAAGGGCUAGUAGGGAGUCGGAUGUUUAUAGCUUUGGAGUGGUUUGCUUGGAAAUAGCUACAGGAAGAAAGUCGGCUGAUCAACCGGAAAUGGAUUCACAUAUUGGAUUGGUAGAGUGGGUUUGGGAGCUUUAUGGGAAAGGAAAGCUUCUUUUGGGUGUCGAUGAGAGACUUGAUCAUGAGUUAGAUUUGGACAAGAAACAACUAGAGUGUUUGAUGAUUGUGGGGUUGUGGUGUGCUCAUCCUGAUAGAAGUCUAAGGCCUUCAAUAAGGCAAGCAAUUCAUGUGCUUAACUUUGAGGCAACCUAUCCAAAUCUUCCAUCAAAAAUGCCUGUUCCUUUGUAUCACAUUUUCUCUCCAUCAGUCAGCUCCGGAUCCGGUGAACCUUCAAUUACUUCUAGCGUAGGUUUGGGUCGUUAAAAUAAUGCUAGAAUA